AGAAGUUAAUAGAUCCCCAUUUACAUGAAAGUAAAUGACUGUGCAACUUUUAUCUACCAAACCAUUCCUCAUAAUCGCCCAAGGAGGACACCAUUCUGCGACAGCAUGAAGUGGUAUAUCAUAGCAGCUGCCUGUCUGGCAGUGGUGAGCUGUGCCAGCAUCUCUCUGGAGGACCUGGAGUUCCACGCUUGGAAACUCAAGUUUGGUAAGAAGUAUCAUACAGUUGAAGAGGAAGCUCAUCGUAAAGACAUCUGGCUCUCCAGCCGUCGCAGGGUCCUGGCCCACAACAUCCUGGCUGAUCAGGGCAUCACCACCUACCGCAUGGGCAUGAACCACCUCUCAGACAUGAGCCAGGAGGAAUUGCUCCACACUAUGCUGCUGAGAAACCCAAUCGUCUCCAACCAGACCAAGACGCUGCAAGGUGCAGUGCACUCCAGAAACACAGGGGGCGCAAUCCCUGAGCUGCCCAAGUCUGUGGACUGGAGGAAGAAAGGCUGUGUGACUCCUGUAAAGGACCAGACCAAAAACUGUGGAUCCUGCUGGUCCUUCAGCACAACAGGUGCACUGGAGGCCCACACCUGCAUCACGUACGGGAAGCUGCCGUCCCUGAGCGAGCAGCAGCUGGUGGACUGCUCCAGGAGCUUUGGCAACGAGGGCUGCCAGGGGGGCUACAUAGACAAGGCCUACGACUACGUCAUCAAGGCCGGGGGAGUGGACACGGAGGACUCCUACCCUUACGAGGCAGAGGAUGACACGUGCAGGUUCCAGCGUUCUGAGGUGGGUGCCACCUGUAAAAGCUACACCAACGUCACUCCGGAGGGAGACGAGGGGGCGCUGCAGGAAGCUGUGGCGCUCAAGGGCCCCGUCUCCGUUGCCAUAGACGCCGAACCCAACUUCUACAAUUACGAGUCCGGUGUCUAUCAGGACGAUUCCUGCAGUAGCAGUGAGCUGAACCACGCUGUGCUAGUGGUGGGCUAUGGAAGCCAGGACGGCCUGGACUACUGGCUGGUGAAGAACAGUUGGAGCACCUCUUGGGGGGAGGGAGGCUACGUGAAGAUGGCCAGGAAUAGGCACAACCAGUGUGGCAUCGCCACCUACUGCUUCUACCCUCAGGUCUGAUGAUUUCAGCAGAGACAUGAGUGGACAUGAAACCAAAAGCCUGAGAUACAGGACUAUGGCAUAUGCAUGUACGAGCAGAGGCCUUCAUCCUAUAAUCAUCAAUUACAGAUAUACCUAUUGCAGAUGGUUGGAGUUGCAUGUGUUUUUGUUAGGAUAAGUAUUAUAAGUGUUAUUUUCAACAUAGAGUUUUAUGUAUGUAUGAAGCAUGUCAAAUAAGCAUGCUAUGUUUUCGAUGGGGUUUUUUGGGUUGGAAGUGGGUUUUCUGAAUCAUGCUGGCAAGUUCAGUGUUCAUGCAGUGACUCAUAGGGUAUUACUCACACUUUAUUGGUUGAUGACACAAAGUGAAUCUGAAAUUAGCAUUAAUAAAACUAUACCACCA